AGUCUACCGAGAGAAGACAUCGUACUAAAAAUUUGAGUGGACUAUUGAAUGCGCACAACCAUGUACAAGUACAACUCUGAGUGUCGAAAGUUCUGUUCACGACCUUAUGAAUGAGAUAACCUCUCGCCUGCUCCCAACUUUGUUCACUGUUGGACCACCUCCCCUAGAUGAAGACCCUGUUUCUCAAAUUACAUUUUUUGCAACAAUGUUGCCUUAUAGCUUUGCGGUCCAGCGCAUUUAUUUUUGGUGACCGACCACUAUGUCGCGCUCGCGCAACAGUUCUUUUCGCAGAGGCGAGGACCACCGGAACCACGCAAUUCCCCGGCGAUGAUGACCUCCAAACAGCGCAGCCGCAGGCCCCCGACCCCGGCACAACGACGUCCGAUCAUCUUGCCACGUACCUCGAUCAGUUUGGGCCCCCGGACGGCAUGCUCGAAAAGUAUUUUGAGAACGUGAGACUACGAAGUUCCGUGCCAUGGGAGAACACGCUGAACCGGUGGCCGUUGCACGUGGCAGAUCUUUCGUGGGAAGACGGACAAGGUGUCUGGGCCAAAUUCGUCGAGCGUGUGGGAAGCCAUUUCCUGUCGCCACGUCGAUCGGCAGCCGAGCGGCUGCAAGAGAUCGAUUCAUGGUUUAUCGAGGAAGACCGUUCUUUCGUGGCCGGUGCCGCAGAUGGGUCGCCGGAAAAUGUGGGGGCAAGGACCGCUAAUAUGGUCGAUGCUGCUGGUGACGAAGACUCAUCUGAAGCAGAGCCCUCGCUGUGGCACUUCCUGCCAGCGAACUUUUUCGCGGACGGAAAAGAUGAGAACGGCCUGCCACUCCGAGCGGUCCUUCGAGACGCUUUGGGACCUCUUUUGGACGACCACGAAGAAGAACCCACCCUGGAGGACUUCAAGGAAAAGGUACCCAAACGCAUACGGUUGCUUCUUCCUUGGGAGGUGCUGGAGCGAAUCCUCUUUCUUGGGCGGUUGCGGCGAGUAGCAAAUGCAAAAUCUUCCUGCGGGUCCAUCUUCGCCCCUGUGUGUUAGUUUACCGGACUUUGGAGCUCACGCGGGCUGCAGUUGUAUAGUAAGUAUGCAUGAGUAGAACGACAAUAAACGAAUGUACUUAUUUUUUACAGACGUGGAGACCCAAUUGAUUUCAUUCUGUGGUGCUCCGGCAUUGCUUCUGAGUCUACUGGCACUUACACUUAGAUCGUCAGGUCUGCUACGUGCUCGAAGCUUUGCAAUACCGCUUUUGUGCGACCUAGCCUUGCAAAUAAUUCAUCGGAUACAUACAGAUUAGUACAUGUGAAUUACCUAGUCCUAGGGUUGUUGUCUGGGCUCAGUAAGAAGUUUUUCCUUGGAUACAGAGUGUUCCACCGGUAUUUGGGGAAGGACGAGGGGUUCCUCCUUAGCUGCCGCGAGUUCUGGCUUCACCACGUAAAAACGCUGAAAACGAACACCAGCGUGCACGUUGACGGAUUAGCGCAAGGGACGCGGAGUAUCGAGCAGUGGAUGGAUUCGCUGCACGAGGGUCGGCCACCUCCGGCGACGUCGCAAGGCGACCCUCGUGGCAUCCAAAAGCAGCGGUAUUUCCUGGCCUUGAACUUAGCGGCUAUUGAAGACGAACUCUCAGCGGCGCGGCUUGCGGAGGAGAAUCUCGCACAGGACUGGUUAAUGACGGAUGAUGAAGAAGAUUCCUCAGAAGUUUCUCUUUCCGAAGAGGAAGAGGCUAGUUUUCAGGAGUACGCCAGCACCGUCGAUGCACUGGCCACUCGUAGUGAAUUUGCAGUGCGCCUCGGUCGCAUAGUAUCGGCUUCUGAGCAAGUAGUUGCACAACCGGCGCAACAAGCAGGAAUAAACAAUUCUUCCGGAGGACCAUCGAGCGGUCCACCCGCCUCGGUCGUACAGCCGCCAACGUUAGAAGAAUUUCUCGACGUUCUGGCCAAACACCCACCGCAAUUCCUGCAACCGCCAAAGUGGCAGCGGGCCUUCUGGUUCUUUUUGUUCGGUUUACAGAUGCCGGGUGGGCAGCAACUACUGCCCCCGCAGUUCGCGUUCGGCGACGUUGCUGGGUGGGCGCACCGGCAGCUGAAGAAGCUCGCACCCUGGCUGACCCACAACGUGAAAAAGAACUUCAACCAGAGUAGUGCUGCACCAUCUUCGGGUACUAGUUCUGGUGCUCCCCCUCCGGCCCCCCCUCCGCCCUUCGGACCUGCGCGGUACAUACUGGCGGUGGUGAAGCUGUUGCACGUUUUCCUGCGGGAGGUAACCGCGGCGCCGCCGCUGCUGGCCUUGCGGCAGCGAUUGCGGGACGAUCCGGACGUUCCAAAACUGCUGAAGUACGUGGGCAAACACCGGGUUUUCCACGAUUGCUUCCGGCAUUUCCGCUACGCGACGCGCGACGGGAUGCUCAGGGCGGGAGGUGGUGUGGCCACGAAAACGGAUUUCCGGUCCUUCUUUCAGAACAUUCUCCGUUCCCACUACCUGGACGUGGCGGAUUUGCGGCGCAAGCAGCACAAGCGCGACCGCGACGCAGAAAACUUCGACACCGCCGCCGCCUUUUGGGGCAACUUGCUGUGGGUCCUGAUUUGCGUGACCGCGGUUCUGGCUCUGGGAAACAUUGCCGCGGUGGUCUAUCUCCGCUGCUCGUGGGUACGGAAGCGAAAAGAGGCGGCCGCCGCAAAAGCCGCAGACCGGGCCGCCUGGUCGUUGACGCCGCCGCGCCCAGAUGUUGCAGGAGAGUAUGGAAAGAGCAGUUAUGAGGACGGGAAGAGGAGCGAGCGAAGCAGCUGCGGUUAUAGUUCCUCACCUACAUUUGCUAGUCAUCUGGCAGAUGAUAGCAUCAAGAUCAUCCAGGUCGGAAACAACAGGAGCGCGGCCGAGCUAAACCCGGCUGCAGCACCGACCGCCGUCGGUACAGAAUUUUGCCCUGGUGCCGUGGUUGCAUCACAAAACCUUCUUCCAGACGAUACCGACACGAAAGUUGAGUUUUCGGGCCCGACUGCGGCCACCACGCCCCUGUUAGUAUCGGAAAAUAAAGACGAAGACGCGUCACAACUAUUGUGCCCGGCGGGUGCAGCAACUCCUAAUGCAAAUGACGGGAUCAUGUCUGCGACUGCGUUUGUCUUUGUUGAUCAGCCUGAAAUAAAUCCUCCGCUACUAAGCACCACUGCCUCCGAUUGUAGCUCGUCUGCUGGACGACAAACGACCCCUUCGCCCUCAGCGUCAGUGCCCGUCUUGCUAACCUGCACCUCAGCCUCGGGCGUAGUGGCGACCGCCCCGCGGGAAGAAGGCUGGAAUUGUGUCUACUCCGACGAGGGAGAAGACCACUGGCAAGAAAAUCAUCUGCUUCCGCCGUUGCAGCAAAGCACGAUGUUCUCUGCGACGCAAGGAGCUGCACCAAAUGUUGAAGCCGUGGACCACGAUAAUAAGCACAAGCAGACACAAGAACUUCUUCACAAAAAUGCCGCGUCAGGAGCGUCGCAGCAUGAUUUUUAUCCACUCGACAUGGGUCCGCCAAUCGUGUUAAACGACCACCACGCCUUUCUUGGCUACAAUAGCAAUGCUCCACCGCCGGCCCGGGUCGUGAAGGAUGCAGCUGGUGCAGCUCAUCAACAUCCGCUAUUGGACUACUGGCACAACGAGUUUUACUUGCAACGAGGAAGGACGAACAGGAGCGAGAGUGAUAACAGUAAACCCUCUUGUUCUACUGUCGGACAUGUCGUUGGCGCACAUGAUCACGUACUAUCGCCGCAUCCGCACCUAGUAAAUAAAAGCGCGACGAAUCAUGUCGAAACCGCAGGAACUGGCCAAAAUCAUGUCUACACAGCACCGUCCCAAAUAAACAAGGUAGCACCACUGCAGCAUCACCAUUUCGCCGACCCCGCUAUUGGCAGGUUCUGUAUGAAAAAGCAGCCCACUCUGGAACAAAUCCAGGAGGAGCCAACAGACGUGGAGAACGAACAACCGUGA